AUGCGUCGAUCACCCGAGGCUGCAAAUGGCAGCUCGAACCCUCCUUCCGAUGACCAUGGAUAUGGCAUGAACAGCUAUGCUUCCCAGUCGUCAGGGCACCAGGCAGGACGAUCCUUCUCGGCCAGGGCUCGGGAUCUACCUUCAGGAAGCAUGAACUAUACCACUCGCAAGCCAGUCGCUCAGACUACUCCCAUGCAACCAGAGGAAUCGAACACACCCCGAGGUAUGCCACCAGCACCUCUGCCUCCAGGUUAUGACAGGGCUAUGGAAGAGAUUGAAGAUCCAGCGCCCCCAUCCCCGGCGCCGGCUGCGCUGAGUCGGUCGAAUACCACGGCUUCAACCGCCGAGAAUCGGCGUGGUUGGGCGUCUGAUCGAUCUCCAUUACAAAAGUUGGAGGUUACUUUGACUGGAAUCACCAAGGAGGAAAAGCGUGCACGGGUUCAGGAAGCGGAAAUGAAAGCUCGAGAGCGGCUAGCGCGCCAGAAAGCCGAGCGAGAGAAAGCGGAAAGUAUGGCCGCAGCGGCUCAGGCAGAGCAAAGUAUGCAGGCGGCCGCCAUCGCAGCUCCAGAGAGAAAGGAAAUAAUUCCAGAACCGCGAUCUGGAGGCACGGCUGUGCGCCACAGCAGAGCAUUGUCCAUGAAUCCCCAAUAUCCCGCAGUUCGCCGUGCUGAGGGUCCACAAUAUGCACGUACGGAGGAUACAACAUCGCCAACCGCAAGAACAGGCGGCGUUUCCAGAAAGUUGGUCGCAAUGGGCGUGCCAGUGGCGAAGGCUGACGAAAAUGCUCACUCGAUUUCUCAGUCGGACCCCAGAGCAGCUGCACCCAUGCUCAGCGAAGAGAGGAUAGAUGAUAACCAGUCACCAACCCAAACAUUCCAGGAUAGCCUGGACUCGCAACCCAGGCCAAAAAAGCAGCAGACUGUGUCCUUUGAUGUGCCGCCUCCUACACCACCCCCAAUCUUCGAGUGGAGAAACGCACAGGUUGCCCGUCUCGGUGCCUCGGAUUUUGAUUUCCAACAUCUUGAUGCCGAUCGCGGCAAGGCAUGGUGGGAAGGCGGCGGAACGACCGACCGCAGAAAGAGCAGAGCUCUGCCCAAGAACUACCAGACGCCCGCUCAGAAAGUCUCAGGAGUGAACGAGCAUAAGACUUUCCAGCCCCCGCUGUUCUUGAAAUGCGGCCCAUUGCUUCGAUACACGGGCAUGAAGCAGACCAAGGUCGAUGGAAUGCAUGGGCCUGUUGACAAGGAGGUAUGGCGAGGCACUGUCAUGAUUGUCACGCAAGAUUCCCGCUCUUCUUACAAUACUCCACCUACAUUACGCCUAUUUUCCCAGCCCAUGGAUCUCCUGCCACCUCCGCCUGUAGAGAUCAGCGGCGAAGACGGCGUCCAACUGGCGCCUGAAUAUGUUGACCCGACAGCUGGUCUUAUGAAAGUUGGCCGUGAUGGGCGGCCUCUCUACGUCAAACCGGUGGAUCAUCUCGAGGAGGAAGUUGAUCUGUCAUUCGUGGAAAACGAUGAUGGCAUCUACGAAAUGUCGCCCAGCAUGAUCGAUUACAGCAGCGAGGCUUCAAAGCAGCCAAUACCCUCCAAUCGAAUCCACUCAGUUGACGGAGAAACGGCGGAGGUUUACCGAGAUAUCUCGGGAGUUCGUUUGUACGCCGAUGCUGCGAGAGACGUGACGUUCUGGAGAUUUUCCCUCGAGAUCGAACUGAGCUCCACGCAACGGCGGAUCGCAUACCGAAUCAACCAGGGACCUGCCUUGGGAUUCUGGGUUCCUGCUGCAGGCCAGUCCAUGAAUAUCAUGUUCCACAGCGGCAAUGGAUUUGGGCCCUCUGUCGAUUCCAACCAACUCUGUGGCCCUGAUCCGCUCUGGCGAGAUGUCCUCAACGAGCACCAAACUCGACCAUUCCAUGUAAUGAUUGGAGGAGGCGAUCAAAUAUUCAACGACUCUAUUAUCACAGAUUCGCCGCAUUUCCAGCAAUGGAUGCAAAUCAAGAACGCCACCGAGAGGAACGACACCCCUCUCAAUCCAGACUUCCGCUCUGAGCUGGAAGAAUUUUACUUGGACAACUAUUCUCGAUGGUUCUCACAAGGACUUUUCUCGUUGGUCAACUCCCAGAUUCCCAUGGUCAAUAUCUGGAAUGACCAUGAGAUCUUUGAAGGAUUUGGCUCCUACCACCAUGAUUUCAUGCAGAGCUUUGUUAUUUCGGGGUUGGGCAAGAUCGCCUUCAAGUAUUAUCUGCUGUUCCAACACCACAGCGUCCCAGAGGAGACUGAGACGGACGAACCCAGUUGGCUUUUGGGUGCUCAACCAGGUCCUUACAUUGAACAGCAAAGCCGAAACCUGUUUAUGUCUUUGGGCCACGGGGUUACGUUCCUCGGUCUGGAUUGCCGCACCGAACGCAUGGCAAUUCUCAAGAACUUUAUGAAUAGCCGCAAAUUGCUGGGCAAAUCUGGAAUGCUGGGUGGACUCAUCAACAGAUCUGGCGGCAAUGUGGAGGUGUUUGAUGACCACUGGACUGCAAAGCAUCUCAAGUCCGAACGAACAUGGCUGGUUGAGGAUCUUCAGGAUCUAGCAGCAGAAAAGUCUGUGCGAGUCACAAUCUUGAGUGGUGAUGUUCACUUGGCCGCCAUCGGACAGUUCUACUCGAGCUCUAAAUUGGGAGUCGCCAAGGACCGCGACUAUCGAUACAUGCCCAACGUAAUUUCUUCAGCCAUCGCUGAUAUCCCCGAGACAGAACUCGUUUCGGACAUGCUCAACAAACGCAGUACGGUGCACCAUAUGGACUCGAACACGGACGAGGAUAUCAUCCCCAUAUUCACUGAAGAUGUCAAUGGCAAGCCUCGGAACAAUAAGCGAUUACUUCCUCGGCGAAACUGGUGUUCAAUCAGAGAAUAUAACCCUGGUUUCACACCUCCAGCGACGCCUGAACCCAUGACACCACCAACGGAGCCUCGCCCGGGCAUGCUCCGGCGGACAUUGUCACUGGGACGCGGAGGAGACAGAGACAAAUCCUCUGCCAACAGACCAGGCAGUGGUCUUCUACGUCGACUGUCGAAUCGUGCGGGAGGGGGGCCACCAACGAGGUCCUUCAGUUUUGGCCCCGGCGGAAAGAGGCGAGCCAGCGUCGACAGCCCGCUACCCCCAAGGGAAAAUGGCGACAGUUACUUCCCCAGCGGAGACCAGCCUCCUCUUCGCCCGGGACCAUUCCACCGCCGGCCAAGCAAUCUCGGCAAAAAGGCGGCAAAGAAGAAGAAGAACAAGAUCGAGGAUGAUGGCGCGGGCGCCUUCAUCGACCUUGAAGGGGGACUGGCCAUCACGCUGAACCUGGAGGUCAGCCCUAUGGACCCGUCUGGGAUUACGGUGCCCUACAAACUGCUCGUGCCUGUGCUGCGCUACCAGGGCAAUGAAUAUGACCCUCCCCCGACACAGGUGGUUAAGGGAUGGAAGAAAUGGCUGAAUGUGCGGCGGAAGAACGAGGCUGAGGCUGAUGCUAGUGAGGACGAACUUGAUGAUGACGAUGAUGACUUGAUAAAUAACACGCGCGCCAAUGCGGCAAGCCACACCGGAGGAGGAUUCACUACCUCCGCCCGAAUGGCUCACUCCAAGGUCGUUGGUGAGUUAGCCCACACUCGUAGAACCAUCAGACAACAGACUAACACCCUCCUCCUAGUCAUCGGGUCCGGCCCUGGCGCCCACACAGCCGCCAUUUACCUGUCGCGCGCCGAGCUCAAGCCCGUGCUGUAUGAGGGUAUGCUCGCCAAUGGCACCGCUGCCGGCGGCCAGCUCACAACCACCACCGACGUGGAGAAUUUCCCGGGAUUCCCAGAUGGUGUUGGCGGCCAGGCGCUGAUGGAGAACAUGCGCAAGCAGUCCGAGCGGUUCGGCACGGAGAUCAUCACGGAGACGAUCUCGAGGCUGGAUCUGUCGUCGCGGCCGUUCAAGAUGUGGACCGAGUGGAACGACGGCCCGGAUAACGCGCCCGCGCACACCGCCGACGCCGUCAUCAUCGCCACGGGCGCCAAUGCCCGUCGUCUGAACCUGCCCGGCGAGGAAACCUACUGGCAGAACGGCAUCAGUGCCUGCGCGGUCUGCGACGGCGCCGUGCCUAUCUUCCGGAACAAGCCCCUGUACGUGAUUGGCGGCGGCGACUCCGCUGCCGAAGAGGCCAUGUUCCUGGCCAAGUACGGAAGCCGCGUUACCGUGCUGGUGCGGCGCGAUAAGCUGCGUGCUAGCAAGGCCAUGGCCAACCGGCUGCUCGCGCACCCCAAGUGUGAUGUGCGCUUCAACACUGUCGCCACCGAGGUCAUUGGCGAGAACAAGCCUAACGGUCUGAUGACCCACCUCCGCAUCAAGAAUAGGGUCUCCGGCCAGGAAGAGAUCGUUGAUGCCAACGGUCUGUUCUAUGCUGUCGGGCAUGACCCGGCCAAUGCCCUGGUCAAGGGCCAGGUCGACCUCGACGAGGACGGGUAUAUUAUCACUAAGCCCGGCACCAGCUACACCAGCGUCGAGGGCGUCUUUGCCUGCGGUGACGUGCAGGACAAGCGGUAUCGCCAGGCCAUCACCAGUGCCGGCUCUGGCUGCAUCGCCGCCCUGGAAGCCGAGAAGUUCAUCUCGGAAGCCGACUCCCCGGAUGAGAAGCAGCCCAACGGCUCAGUGGAGCACUCGGUCGUCGAGCCCGCCGUGCAAGAAGUUAACGGCGAUGUCAAGAAGGACCCCAAGGGUGCUACCGCUGAGUACAAGUCCAACCCGCUGCUGUAA